GCUGGUUUUUUUUUUAUGGUACAGCUUCUGCAGGCGGAGAGGAGGGGGUUAAAAAGCCAAGUGUGGCAACACCAAGGUGUGAGUGAGUGUGAGUACAGCCAGCUCACAAUAAUAUCGCAGUGGUAAACAGAUAUGGUAAUACCAUCAAGAUCUCGUCAGCACGAAAUCCAGCGUCAGCAUGACUUUACUGGGUUGAAGCACGCGCGCCUGCGUGUGUGUGCUUUGUAAGAGUAUGCUCUCUCUAACUGGGAUUUUACCCACAUUUCCAUCUUUCUCUCUUUUCAUGCCUAUUUCGUCUGCCUGAUUUACUACCUUACCAAUCAAUCAACCCACAACUAUGGUACACCGUCUGCCCGCCUUAGCACUCCAUACCCCGGCCUUGGUUCGCUCGUCAUCUUCCACCCACUCUCACAGGCAGGUACCGCGGUACCUUUACCGUAUCCAGGGGUAGGGGGCUUGACCUCCUCCAGGGUCCAGCAGCCCCAGGACUUCUACCCGUGUGAGAUCCACUUACAAGGCACAUUGGCAUCAUCACCAUCUUGUCUACUUGCAUCGUACCGUACCAGUUAACCAGUCCACCUAGAUUACCUACCUUCGGUAUGCUCGGCGACCUUUGGAAACGCAGCAGCCAACACAAUUCUCUCAAAAUUGGACAUACAUUCUCUGGGCUGGCUGGCUUUACUACUCCACACAUUUACAAUACACUAUGUUUUUGAGUUGAUUCGUGGGCAGCAGUGACUCGUCAUUUCUGCACUUACCGUUCUGAUCUAUCUUACUCCCUAUAUUUGAUUUAAGGUUCUUCUUCAUUUCCUGUCUGCGCCCCAAAAGCUGCAGGUACUUGGGGCUGCUAUUCUCAUCCAACGGUUCGCUGUUUAUUUUGCCGGCCACUCGGCUUAUUCGCACCAUUUUAUUACCAGCCCGUUCAACGGCGCUCGGAGGAACUUGUCAAUAAGCAAAGCCUUCCCCUCUUCUCUUUACUUUCUGUUUAUUCUUUCUUUUAUCCCCUUAGCCUCCGCAACAGUCCGAGAUGUCGGUCUCGACAGACCCAUCAAAGAGUAAUACCGCCGUCCCUUCAGGUAGAAAGGGGUCGGCCAAGGUUAGAUCGGGAUGUAUAACAUGCAAAGCUCGAAAAGUCAAGUGUGACGAAGGCAAGCCUUCAUGUCUGCGAUGUUUAAAAUCUGGUCGCAGCUGUGAUGGCUACCUCGACCCGAGCGUCAUGGCCUCGCGCCGCAGGUCCAUCAAAAACAGGCUAGCAGAUACCGGUGGUCCUUCAUCGCCUCUGUCGACACUUCUCGAUGGCGCAAUGCCCGAGGAGAAGCGUUCAUUUCAUUUCUUCCAACAUGUCACCGCUCCAAACCUCGCAGGAGAUCUCGACGCCAACUUUUGGAAGGUUCUGGUCUUGCAGGUUUGCCAGACCGAGCCAGCCGUGCGCCAUGCCGUGUUGGCUGUGAGCGGCCUGCACGAGUACCUCGCAUACCAGCGCGGCUACUUAACCCUGCAGAAUGCAGGACGUUCCACAACAGAACAUAUGAAUUCGGAGCCUCAACACUCAUUUGCACUUCACCAGUACAACAAGGCGAUCGCAUGUCUCAUCGGGCAAAUGAAAGAUACGACGUCCAGACCACUGGCACCACUACUGACCUGCGUCCUGUUCGUCUGCCUCGAGUUUAUGCACGGCAAAGACAAAGAAUCACUGAUUCAUCUGGAGCAAGGACGACAGCUGCUCAGCAAGCUUGACCAACGGGCCGACUCGAAAGAUCCCGAAAUCGACAUUGUCAAGCGUCAUCUCGUGCCCCUAUACCUCCGGCUCAGCUUGACCGCAUUCCUGCUAGGCGGCAAGCCUGUGCCGAUACCGCAGAGUCUAAAGUCGCUGAAGGAAGUCCCCGCCACGUUUGAGUCGGUCCAGGAAAUACGUUUCUCGCUAUACGAUUUUAUAGAUGAGGUGCUACGGUAUUCAAAUAGGACGAGGAUGGCAAGAUACGACCCAGUUGCGACACCAGAGACUCUUACGGAGCUCAAGCAAGAAAAGGAGGGCCUGCUCCAGCGUCUGAGGAAGCUCAGCGUGGCUUUCGCGUUGUACCAGGCCAGCAAGCCUUCACAAGUCAGCGAAGUCAAUGCGGCCGUGUUCCAUAUGUACCUACACAUCAUGACAAUAUGGGUUUCGACGGCACUAAGCAAUACCGAAGCCUGCUUUGACGAUCACCUUUCAUCAUUUUCAGCCAUAAUACCCCAUGCCGCCGUCAUCCUCAACCACUCGGACGACCGGUCCGCCGAGCUAUCUCUCAUCAGCAGGAAUCGACUGAUGCAGGAACGACUAGGAGAAGGAGAUUUACCGAAACGCCAGAAUUGCAUGUUCACCUUUGAGACAUAUGUCAUCCCAGUCCUUUACUACGUCGCGACCAAGUGCCGACACCCGUUGAUACGGCACUCGGCAUUGGACCUUUUAAAACAGAACCCCAACAGGCGGGAAAACCUGUGGCACGCCAAGAAGAUGGCGGCCAUCGCAGAGCAUGUCGUCCGGGUUGAGGAGAGGUCAGCAGCAGAGAGCGAGCCGGGCUCUCCCAUCGGCCAACACCCUCUUGGAUCCGACCCAUUCAGGCCGUUCCAUCCGCCCAUGCUCCUGAUGCAUAGGGACAACGGCUCCCAGACGUCGGAGUCGGUCGUGGGCUACGGGGACACGAUCUCACCAACCGACCCCUUUGUUCCCACUCAGCUGUUAUCAACCGGCCUGGAAUCGUCCUCUCCAGCUAGCGACGACUAUACGUGCCAGAGCUUGAGCUUGAACAACAACAACGCACCAAGGCAGCAAAACAUCAUCCACAUGCAGAACAGACCCACUUUGCCCAUCGACCCGAGCAUGAUACCGGCCUUGAGUGUAGAAGUAGAGAACAGCUUCAGCACAGAGCCGUCAUACAUGUCCCAAGGGGAAGCAGCUCUCCUCGCAGGCCUUGAAGGCAGUAGCAAUGGCCGCCACGGCGUCAACCCGAGCGCCGCCACCGACACGUUUUGCUUCUUAGCCCCGGCGCAACAACCACCACAGCAGCACCUCCACAGCGUGCCCCCUUCCCGCACCCCCUCAGUCAUCAGCCGCGGAAGCCACGGCCAAACGGAGGACUGGCCAUACAGCCACGAGCGGUACCGAUCGCAGCAACAACGGACUAUAUCAACGUCGAGCGGCUCCGACUCGUCUGGCAGCUCGCCGGAGCUGCAGGCCCUCCUUCGUUUCGAUUCAGGGCUGGGUCACUACAGCGGCUACUGGCAGAGCCAUCUGCAACACGGACAGCCGGCGGCGUCGCGGGCUCGGCCGUUUGCCAGCCUUGAGGCGCCCUUCGAUAUACCGGAGCACAUGCGCGUCCACGAUGUCAUCAUAAACCCGGAGAGAGACGACGGGAGCUGGCUCACUGUCUUUCGGAAGCUUCAUGGCCCGGCAGCAGAGUGGGAUGUAGCGACGGAGCUGGUAGUGGCGUGACAUGGGUUUUAUCAUAAUGGCCUUGUGUGGCUCCAUGUCUCUUUUUGAUUUGUUUGUUGGGUUUUUACGAAGCGGGAACAUAUUUUGGAGAGUUUAUUAUUAGAAUCAGGGCUUCAGCUCAGACGCUUUUGUUUAUUCACAUGGCCAAUUCUCAUGUAGAAGUAGGUACCUUGAAAAUCUCAACCACUUGUGAAGAAUUAGUUCAAACCAGCAAUCAGAUACCGAGAUUAGAACCAUGAUGUUGGACUUCACUGCAC